AAAUCGUUACUCAGACGCGAGCGUUCGGAUCGAAACUCGGCUUUGACUUCGAUUGCCGCCCCCCGCCUGCCACCACCCAAUCGUCUUUCUUCAACAACAGCCAGCGACCACAAAACAACACAAAGAAAACUCUGCCCAAAGCGAACUGAGACAAUAACAAAUAAGCUGAAAAGCAGCAACCACACAAUCACACGUCUUGACGUUUUUGAAACGCUCAAAAAAGACAAACAGAGACAGUUGCAAAAAUCGAGGGAAAAUUGAUUUAAAUUAGUGUGUUAUAACUUGUAGAACAUUCGUUAAAUGGUUUUAAUGAACGAAAUCUGGCGUGUCGUUAAGAAUAAAUCAAAGAAGUUUGUAAUUUAAGCCAACGCCCCAGUCAUAACCGAGUGAAAAGUGAAUUGGCUGAGAGCCGUGAAGUGAAGGCCUUGUUGUGUUGGUGUAUUGCCACCUAACUUUUGAAAACGGCGGCAAACAAAACGGCCAGAGUUCGCAUAAGGCGACCAUCGAGUGCAAACUACUAUAUGUAGCCAACCCCGGGAAAAUAGACAAAUCUACGAGAACGUCGCGAGCACCUGAAAAUUGGAGUGCGAGCACCAAGGACAUUGUUAGCAUGAUACCACACUGUGGAUACCGUUACAUGUGGAACCGUGAAAUUGUGAUAAAUUCGCAAAAGUUGGUGAAACGACGCUAAGCAGCAGGCGUCCAAGUUGUCCGACCACGCCGACCAUUUUGCGGCAGCAGUUGGAUCCCACAUUGGACAGAAAGAAAGUCAGAGGAACCGAAGGACAGAUACACAAACGAAAGCCAUAACUCAAAUUCCUUCUUCAUAAACUAAGAAAACUCUUCCGAUUCAGUUGCCUUUUGCCACGAGGGCGAAUGCUUUUGUGCACUUGAGUUGUUUCUUUUGCGUUUUGGUGGCAUAAGUCGCGAUUUAGGUUUAACUUUGAAUUUAAACCGACACUUAUCGGUAUUUUGUUGUUCUAUUUACUCGGCCUAAGUGCUGGACUUUGCUAAGACGGCUUUGACAGCACGUUCUCCAGCCAUUCGAUUGUACAUUCAAAAUUGACUCUGUGAUUUUUUUACUUUUCUUUUGCAAAUAUUUUAUUAUACUUACCUAAUAUACGAAAAUUGUUCAUAUCAUUAUUUACAAAGCGCAUCUCGUUAACAUAGCAAUUUUAGGUUUUUAUCUACAUUUAGAUUAUUUUUCUUUGUUUAAUAUUUUAGUCUUGUGUUUCGUGACUUUUUUUAUAAUUAGUUUAGGUUAAGACAUUUUUUGACCCCUCUUUUACUGCCUUUAUCUGAACUCCAUUGAAACUUUGACGACAAUUCACCUUACAUUCGACAUUGUAACGAUUCACUGCUGCCGCAAACAUGAGCACAUAUAUAUUUAUGCAAGCCUAUGAAUGUCUCCUGGACCAGAAGGCAAACCUGAACUGCAUCGAUUAUGAGAGGAUUAGCUAUCAGCCCAACAUCGAUGUGGUCAGCCAGCCGAUAAUACCCACAAACAAAAUACAAUUCGCAGCGUCUUCACUCGUUUCUGCCGCCGAUUACCAGCUCGGCGAUCCCCCAUCCCUCAUUCUGCAGCAGUUGACGCCGCCGCAGUCUCCGCCCCAAUUCGAUGCUUACAAACAGCCAGUGGAAUCGCCCCAGCCCGUGCUCGUCAAGGCCGAGCAGAAGGUGCAAUGCUAUACUCCUGAUGCCACAAUUGCUGCGGCAGGUGCCGCCACGCCCUUUAACUUCAACAACUGGGUGGGCGGCAGCGAAAUUGCCCGGGAGAACCAACUGGUCGAUGAUAUCGUCAAUAUGCGUGCCAAGGAACUCGAGUUGACCACAAACUGGCAGCAGUUCAGCGACGACUGCGAAUCUCAGGCCUCGUCCUCGCUGGACAGCAGGAGCACCGGCAGCGGAGUGGGCGGCAGCAUUGCCGACGCGGAUGAGGAUUGGCUUCCGGAGCCCAUCAGCAGUGGCGCCUCCUCGCCGGCCCACACGUCCGUGGAUGAUCAGUCGGUGGCCAAGGCGAAAAAGCGUACUCGCACAUACGGGCGCGGUGUUGAGGAUCGUAAGAUCCGGAAAAAGGAACAGAACAAGAAUGCGGCCACACGCUAUCGCCAGAAGAAGAAGCUCGAAAUGGAGAAUGUCCUGGGCGAGGAACAUGUGCUGUCCCAGGAAAACGAUGAGCUUCGCCGCACUCUGAAGGAGCGUCGCAACGAGAUGCGCUAUCUGCGCCAGUUGAUACGCGAGUUCUACCAGGAACGCAAGCGCUAGGCGCUAACUAAGUUUAAAUGUCGUUUGCAAAGUUAUUGUUAUCGUUAAACCCCAAAGCUCUCCCAUAUUCCCACACAAUGCUUCAAUGUAACCCACACAACAACAAUCACCAAGCAAACCCAAAGCCCAAGAAAAACAACCGAGUAAGCAGCCUGUCUUGGCCCUCACUUUUUGGCACUAAUGACGAGUCUUCGCAUUCCGAAUUACCCCUUGCCAAUGAUGGCCAACGGCAAGUCAAUAUCCCAAGCAGCACAGGCCAGUUUGUCACCUUAAAGUGGCAACAGAAUUUGCAAUGUAUAAAAAAAAAAACUUGAUUGAAAACCUUUUUGAGUUGUAUUUUUGUGAAUCACCCUGUGAUGCGGCUGCUGUACUAGAUUGAUUACGAUCCUAUUUUUUGCGGGCAUUGGUAAGCAUCUUGACAAAUGUAAAAGUUCUUUUAAUGAUUUUUUUAAUAACAUAUAAUUAAUUAUACAGAAUAUUAUUCAACAUUUAUCAGCAAUAAAUCAAAAGGGUUUUCAAAAGAAAAA